GAACCAAUGGACAAAAGCACAGACAGCCGCACCAAUAAAUAUGCUCUGGCUUCUGCUAUAGUUGCUUCCAUGAUAACCAUCAUAUUUGGUUAUGACACUGGAGUGAUGAGCGGAGCGAUGCUAUUCAUGAAGGAAGAACUGAAAAUCAACGACAUCGAAGUGCAGGUUCUGGCUGGCAUCUUAAACCUGUGCGCAUUGGUGGGUUCCUUGAUCGCCGGAAGAACCUCUGAUUACGUUGGUCGCCGGUGGACCAUCGCGAUCGCCGCUUUUCUCUUCAUGGUGGGUUCAGUUCUCAUGGGCUACGGCCCAAACUUCGUCGUUGUACUGACCGGUAGGUGUGCCGCCGGUAUCGGCGUGGGCUUCGCACUUAUGGUAGCCCCAGUUUACUCCGCAGAGAUUGCCGGCGCUAAAACCCGUGGCUUUCUGUCCUCGCUACCGGAGCUUGGCAUCGGCAUCGGCAUCUUUCUGGGAUAUAUCGUGAACUACUUCUUUGGAAAAUUACCUCUGAAAAUCGGAUGGAGAUUGAUGCUUGGCAUCGCAGCAGUUCCUUCACUCCUAUUACUCUUCGCCAUUCUCAAAAUGCCCGAGUCUCCAAGAUGGCUCGAUGAUGACACUCUUCCUACAACUACGGCUAAUACGAAGAAGGAAAACUCGGAUUCGGGUCUGUUCGGUAGAGGGAAGUAUAAAUUUUGGGCGUUAGCUGCCAUUCUGCUUCUUGCAUUUUGGUCCAUGUUCACCGGCACAGUUUCUCUUCGGUGGUCAGGGAGUCUCAAUAGCUUAUCUAAUGACCUUGACACUCCAAUCUAUGAUGACCUCGACGUCCUCGAAAUGGAGGAGAGGGAGAAGGUGGUGAAGCACAUGUGGGACGUAUACACGAAUAGCCGUCGGAUCAGGUUGCCGCGGUUCUGGCAGGAGGCGUUUGAGGCUGCGUACGAAGAGCUGACAAGUGAUGUGCCCGAAGUAAGAGACGCUGCCAUAACGGAGAUUGCCAAGAUGUCUGUGCGCUCAAUUGUUUUCGACCCCCCUCCCGUACAGUCAUCGAGAGCAAGGGAGUUUAGCAAGAGCCUCAUUCAAAUUGAAAAUGGAAAAGAAGCGGCGACCUCUAAGCGUGCUUAAGAAGUGAGGAACUUGUGAAACAUCCGAGGGAUAUAAUAUGUACAUGAAAAAUGCUCAUCACUACAUCACGAAAUUUGUGAAGAGGCAGUGAUUGGCGAAGUAUUACUAUGAUUUACGUCCUUCCCUUGAUAAAAGUGGAGAUUGUGUAUUCUAUUAGGAUAUGUUUCACCCCAGUUUUGCAGUCAAUUUCAGAAUCUUCGCAGUGUGAGGGUAGCAAAUUGAAACACAAGAUUUUGAGAGACAGAGUCAACUUGAAGGAUUAUUAUUUUUGUCUCAUUUCAUUAAGGUCCUUGUAACAAGUUUGUUCUAAAUUUCCUCGGUAUCUUGUGGCGUUAAAAUAGCCAAGAUAAUGGUUUUGUGGAAGGAGCCUGGUUAUUAGACAGCUUCUAGGCUUUAUUUUAUAUAAAAUCUGUUAGUUUAUCUUUUAAAUGUUCAGAAUUGACUAAGAAAAAUCCCAUCGAUUGAGCUUCAAUUGCAA